AUGGAGUAUGCAGAUGGCCACUUAGGCCAGCAGUACGGAGACUUAGUAUCACGAAUCGACAAGCUUGAGGCGAGGGAGGAGAAGUACCUAAAAAUUAGGGCGAAUCUUCAAAUUGGAAACAUGAUAUCGAAGUCUGCCACUAUACCAAAAGGAGAUACGAGUGACUCUGCAACAAAUAAAGGUGCAAGUGAUUCAACAAACCGUGCUAUACAGCGUGGCCGUGACGCGAAGAAGAAGGACCUUGCCAAAGCAGGUAUUCCCUCCAAGUUUUGGCCUGCGAUCCAGGACAUGGGACCGAUAUCAAGCGCGAAAUAUAUCCGCGCAUGA